AUGGCUAUUAACAUAGGACGUAGAGCACCAUUACAACAACCAUCGAGCAUAGCUGUCUUUCCUUCCUUUCAUACCAUCUACAAUAACUCUGCAAACAUGAAGGAAGGCGUUCUUACGCGACCAGACGAGGAGAAAGAUCUCCAUUCCACCGAAGGGUCGCUCAAUACCAACAACGGGGAUGAGAAAGAAGAGCUAGCGCAUAUCCAGUUGACGAAAGGACGGUUCGUACUCGUACUUGUAGGACUCGUGUUGGCUAUUUUCCUCGCUUCCCUAGACUUUACCAUCAUCUCAACAGCCAUCCCCAAGAUCACCGAUGAGUUCAAGAGUCUCCAAGAUAUUGGGUGGUAUGGCUCAGCCUUCUUCAUUACCACAGCUGCGACUACAGCAUUCUGGGGACGACUGUACACCUUCUUCCCGCUGAAGUGGACGUACCUCGUCUCCAUCUUCUUCUUCGAGUUGGGUAGUGUGAUUUGCGGUGCCGCUCCCAGCUCUGUAGCUUUGAUCAUCGGUCGCGCGAUAUGCGGUGUUGGUGCAGCGGGACUGUUCUCUGGCUCGUAUACCAUCAUUGCCGUUUUGGUACCCUCAGCAGAUCGGCCCAAGUACAGCGGUUUGAUGGGUGCAGCUUAUGGUCUCGCCAGUGUUGUCGGUCCAUUAAUUGGAGGUGCAUUCACUAGCCAUGUCUCAUGGCGCUGGUGUUUCUACAUCAACCUUCCCGUGGGCGGCGUUUCGUGUCUCUUCAUCCUCCUCUUCUUCGCCAACGAACCACCCAAAACUCGCCCUGACUGGCGUGGCAUGCUUCGAACACUCGAUGUGCCCGGUUUGAUUCUCAUCAUCGGUGCCAUCGUCUGCUUCAUCCUCGCGCUACAAUGGGGAGGUAUCUCGAAAGCUUGGAACAGCGGUGCUGUGAUUGGCACUUUGGUGGCCUUCGUGGUACUGAUGGCCUUGUUUGUGGUUGAUCAGUGGUGGCUGGGUGAGAACGCCAUGGUUCACAGCCUUAUUAUCAAGAGGAGAACAAUCUGGGUUGGAUCGAUGUUUUCGUUCCUGAUCAACUCCGCCUUCCUGGUCACGUUCUACUACUUGCCGAUCUACUUUCAAUCUGUGCAGGGCGUUUCGGCAGCCUCGAGUGGUGUUCGCACUGUACCCUUCAUCCUCGCAGUCACUAUCUGUGUCGUGAUCGUUGGCCAGGUCAUCACAAAGACUGGCUACGCUUAUCCAUGGAUGAUUGGAGGAGCAGCCAUAACAACCAUCGGUGCCGGCAUGAUCUACACGUUCGAUGUCGAUUCGCCUGCCAAAGUCUGGAUCGGAUACCAGAUCCUCUGCGGUAUUGGUAUCGGAGUGAGCUUCCAAGUUCCUGUCAUGCUUAUCCAGGCGACCACUAAGGAAGUCGAUGUGCCAUUGGCUACUGCCACACUUUUAUUCAUCCAAACCCUCGGCGGCGCUUUCGGCGUCUCGUCCGCUCAAGCUGCCUUCCAGAACACGCUUCUCAAGCAGCUAUCCAUCACAGCACCAGGCCUCGACCCCCAGAUCGUCCUGGAUGCUGGUGCUUCCGAGCUCAAGACUCUGAUUCCGGAGCAAUUCCUCGAGGGAGUGCUUGAAGCAUACGUUGCUGGUUUCCGGGAGUGUUUGAUUGUUGGCAUCGCGUUUGGUGGUGCCGCGUUCCUUGCUGCUUUCGGAUUUCGCUACACAAACAUCAAAAGGACGGCCGCGCUGGAAGCGUAG